AUGGCGGCCCCAAAGAUGACCAAGAACCAGAUGCGAAGGGCCAAGAAGAAGGAGCAGAAGAAGGCUCAAGCAGAGGUACGUUCUGGUCUCCUCGCCCCCGUUCCGACGUCACCAGCUGACGCGCUACAGGCUACCCCUACAAAGACCGAGGAAACCGCCGAGACCACCAACCGUGAAGAAAGCGAUGCCGUCGAAACUACGACGACAGAUCUCGGAGUGAAGAAGGGGUCGACAACCGAAGAUGCCGCCACCACAGAUGGCCAUGCGAUCGAAGUUGACAUGGAUGAGGAGGAUCCUGCGUAUGCCAUGUAUAAGGACAUCUUUAACAAAUUCGGCGCGUCGAUGGAAGAGGACGAAGUCGCCAAGGAGGCCAACGCUGGCAAUCAAGGGACAGUGUUUUACGCGGAUGACGACGAGAUUCCAGACGAAGACGAAGAAAACAACGGACAGCCCAAGUUAUCCAAAAAGAAGAAGAAGCAGCUCAACACCAUCUCUAUCGCAGAGCUUAAGGCAUUGGUCAAGGUCCCUGAGGUGGUAGAAUGGCAGGACGUAUCCUCGUCGGACCCUCGACUACUGGUCCAGAUCAAAGCCCAACGAAACGUCGUCCCAGUACCAACCCAUUGGUCUUUAAAGCGAGAGUAUCUGUCUUCAAAACGAGGUAUCGAGAAGCCACCUUUCCGGCUACCCCAGUUCAUCGCAGAAACCGGCAUUACCGAGAUGCGCGAUGCCGUCCUCGAUAAACAGGCAGAACAGUCAUUGAAGCAGAAACAGAGGGAACGUGUUGCUCCGAAGAUGGGCAAGCUCGAUAUCGAUUACCAGAAACUCUACGAUGCUUUCUUCCGGUUCCAGACCAAGCCCGAAUUGACGCGAUUUGGUGAGGUUUACUAUGAAGGAAAGGAGUCUGAGGUCGAUUACCAACAUUUCCGACCAGGUGACCUCACCGAGGGUACUAAGGAAGCCCUGGGAAUGCCCCUUGGCGCACCACCACCAUGGCUCAUCAACCAACAACGGUUUGGGCCUCCUCCAUCCUAUCCCACGCUGAAGAUACCUGGACUGAAUGCGCCACCACCCGCUGGAGGCUCAUGGGGCUUCCACCCCGGCGGUUGGGGCAAACCCCCAGUUGACGAGUUCAACAGGCCUUUGUUUGGUGGUGAUGUCUUUGGCCUUGCGGCACAGGGUGGACAAGGAGGGGCACAAAUGCACGCGGGGACUGGUGAGCCUGUAGAGAAGAACCUGUGGGGUGAGCUGCAGCCACGAGAAGAGGAAUCAGAGGAGGAAGAGGAAGAGUCAGACGAGGAGGAAGAGGAGGAAGAUGAAGAUAUUCCUGGCGGAACAGAGACACCCAGUGGCCUCGAGACUCCCGGUGGUUAUGCCAGCACAGUGCAGGCGGACUACGGGCAAGGUGUCGAGACGUCUAUCGCUGGUGAGAUGGACUUACGAAAGGAGCGCCGUGGCUACGACACAGAAGAGUCUAGUGCUCCUCGAUCCGCCUACACGAUCCUGCCAGAGCGCCAAGUUCGCGCUGAAGGGUUCUUUGGCAGUGACAGGGUAUAUGACCUCAAGCAAGCGCAGGCAGCUCAACGAGCGGGCGUGCCUGUUCUCGGCGCCGAGGACGAUUCACGCAAGCGCAAGAAGCCUGGUGACAUUGACGUUGCUCUUGAUGUCGACUCGUUGCACAACCACGAUGGUAUCAGCAAAGACGACCUGCGGCGCAAGUUCGAGGAGGGUAGGAAGGAAGAGGGCAUUGGAGCCAAGUGGGCAUAUGACGAUGACCUGAGUGAGAUGAUCGCCCAGGAGAGCAGGAAGAGGCAGAAGACGGAGGCGGAGCUCAAGGAGAAGCGGAGGGAAGGCAAGGGCAGAUACUAA